AUGGAAGCCACUCGCAUAAGACUCGACGUAGUACUGGGUCUAGGUCAUGGAGCUGCUGAACCAGCUGAAAGUGGUACGGAUGGAGUUCGGCUGUUUUUAGCAGCUUCAAUACCGCGGGCUGGCUCACACCAAGCGUCGUACCGCAUCGUGUAUUUUUCCAGUCUUUUACAGCUGCACAAUACCGGAGCACUAGUACAACUUCAGGCGACGCUAGUACCCGCCAUGCCGGAGUGCGCUCCGCCAGCGGGGUUCGCGUCUGCCCGCGCUGCUGACGUCAGAUCAGCGCUUAUACUCAUCAUUGGCGGUCUGGUAGCUUCUUCUGUCAUUGGUAACUAA